AUCACAGUCAGUCGGUUACUUGCUGUGUCCUUGUUAGCCACACAGCUAAGUCAGCUAGUUAGCUAGCUGAUGUGAUCCAAAAUUAAGAAUGAUCUGAAAUAUAAAGAGGAAAUAUAAUCACACCUGACACUCAUCCCGACUUGUUCGUAGCAUUAUGUUACGAGCCGGAACUGAAGUCUCUUGUUUGGCCUGCAGGAACCUGGUACCCGCCAACAUGGGAGUGAGGUUCCGCAUGCCCCUGCAGAAACUGCACCCUCUGUCCCGGGCUAUCCAUCACCGGUACUCUAAUCCUCAGCACCCCCCACACCGCUCAGCCGCGCGCUAUUUCACCUCUCUGUCCCGACUGCCCAUGCGCCCCGCCAGGCCUCCUCUGGGAGGCCACGGCUACCAGCAGCAUCGCACCUUCUGGGUGGCCCGGCUGGCCUCCAGGCUCCUUAAGCUGCGCUACAUUCUGCUGGGCUCUGCCGUCGGAGGAGGCUACACUGCCAAAAAGACCUAUGAAGAAUGGAAGGACAUGCUGCCUGAUUUUAGUGAAUACGCGUGGAUCGUGCCCGAUUUCAUCUGGGAGCUAAAUGAGCAUGUCGACCUAGAGAAAAUUGCCAAUGCACUACCCGACAUGGAGGAACUGGCCAAGCUUCUGCCUGACCUGGAGAAGAUCGGGGAGAACUUCACCUUCCUCAGGAGCCUCCUCUCAAAUGGUAUGAGUGUGGGUAGUGAAGUCAUUGGAGCUUCUGGUCUGCAUCUGUUGUUAGAAUCAUCCGGAGAACCUGCAUUCAGAGCUACAGAGAGCCAGGGUUCUGAAAGCAGUGAGAAGCAGUUUAAGAAGGGUCUGCUUGGGGAGCUCAUUCUUAUUCAACAGCAGAUCCAGCAACAUGAGGAGGCAGCACGCAGGGCCUCGGCCAAUAUCGGCAGCCCUGAGCCCAGUUCGAGCCCACCCCUGAGUCCCGGCCCAAGCCCCGCCCCGAGCGCCGCUCCGGCCCCCAGCCCCAGCCCCUCGCAGAGCAAGCGCAAGACGUCAGAUAAAGAAAAAGUUGAUCAGCUUCAAGAGGAGCUUCUCCGAACUCAGCUGAAGUACCAGCGCAUGCUCGAGCGUCUGGAGAAGGAGAACAAGGAGCUGAGGAAAGUGGUACUACAGAAGGAUGACAAAGGCAUCCAUCAAAGAAAAGUCAAAAAAUCUCUCAUUGACAUGUACUCUGAAGUUUUGGACAUCUUGUCAGACUACGACUCCAACUACAAUACCCAGGAUCACCUACCAAGGGUGGUGGUCGUGGGGGACCAGAGUGCAGGAAAGACCAGUGUGCUGGAGAUGAUAGCCCAGGCCAGGAUCUUUCCCCGGGGCUCGGGAGAGAUGAUGACCAGGUCUCCUGUCAAGGUAACGCUAAGCGAAGGGCCCCACCACGUCGCCAUGUUCAAGGACAGCAGCCGUGAGUUUGACCUGGGCAAAGAGGAAGAUCUUGCCGCCCUGCGACGUGAGAUUGAGCUGAGGAUGCGCAAGAGUGUGAAGGAGGGACAGACGGUCAGCCCCGAGACCAUAUCCCUGAGUGUGAAGGGUCCAGGGAUCCAGAGGAUGGUGCUGGUAGACUUGCCUGGGGUCAUCAGUACUGUGACCGCUGGUAUGGCGGCUGACACAAAGGAAACCAUCUUCAGCAUUAGCAAGGCCUACAUGCAGAACCCCAAUGCCAUUAUCCUCUGUAUUCAAGACGGGUCAGUGGACGCCGAGCGUAGCAUCGUCACAGACCUGGUCAGCCAGAUGGACCCCCACGGAAAGAGGACAAUCUUUGUCCUGACCAAAGUGGACCUGGCUGAGAAAAACCUGGCUAGCCCCAGCAGGAUACAGCAAAUUGUUGAAGGGAAGCUCUUCCCCAUGAAGGCUUUGGGAUACUUCGCUGUGGUGACUGGGAAAGGCAGCAGCAGCGAGAGCAUCGAUGCCAUCAAAGACUACGAGGAAGACUUCUUCCAGAACUCCAAACUCCUCAAGAACGGGAUGCUGAAGGCCCAUCAGGUGACCACAAAGAACCUGAGCCUGGCCGUAUCUGACUGCUUCUGGAAGAUGGUGCGCGAGUCUGUGGAGCAGCAGGCUGAUGCCUUCAAAGCAUCCCGCUUCAACCUGGAGACGGAGUGGAAGAACAAUUACCCUCGCCUGCGAGAGCUUGACAGGAAUGAACUGUUUGAGAAGGCCAAGAAUGAAAUCCUGGACGAGGUGAUCAGCUUAAGUCAAGUUACACCAAAACACUGGGAGUCCAUCCUCCAGAAGAAACUGUGGGAGCGUGUGUCCACGCACGUCAUCGAGAACAUCUACCUGCCCGCUGCCCAGACCAUGAACUCCGGCACCUUCAACACCACUGUGGACAUCAAGCUGAAGCAAUGGACCGACAAGCAGCUGCCCCACAAAGCACUGGAGGUGGCCUGGGAGACCCUGCAGGAGGAGUUUGCGCGCUUCAUGGCCGAGUACAAAGGCAAGGACCAGGACGACAUCUUCGACAAGCUCAAGGAGGCGGUGAAAGACGAGAGCAUCAAGCGGCACAAAUGGAACGAGCGCGCCAUGGACAGCCUGAGGGUGAUCCAGCACAACGCCCUGGAGGACCGCUCCAUCACCGACAAGCCGCAGUGGGACGCUGCCAUCCAGUUCAUGGAGGAGACCCUGCAGGCCCGUCUGAAAGACACGGAUUCGGUCAUCAGGGACAUGGUGGGGCCUGACUGGAAGGAGCGGUGGCUAAACUGGACAAACCGCACCGCGGAGCAGCAUAUCCGCAAUGAAACCAAAAAUGAGCUGGAGCGUCUUCUGAAGCUGCAUGAGGACCACACUGCGUAUCUGGCCAAUGAUGAGGUCACCACAGUGCGCAAGAACCUGGAGGGCAGAGGGGUGGAGGUGGACCCUGUUUUGAUUAAGGACACGUGGCACCAGCUGUACCGCCGGCACUUCCUGCAGAAAGCCCUGUUCCAUUGCAACCUGUGCCGGAGAGGCUUCUACUACUACCAGAGACACUUCGUGGACUCAGAGCUGGAGUGCAACGACGUGGUCCUGUUCUGGCGGAUCCAGAGAAUGCUCGGAAUCACAGCCAACACUCUGAGGCAGCAGCUUACCAACACAGAAGUGCGCCGGCUGGAGAAGAACGUCAAGGAGGUCCUGGAGGACUUGGGCGAGGACAACGAGAAGAAGGUUCACCUCAUCACAGGCAGGAGGGUGCAGCUGGCCGAGGAUCUCAAAAAGGUCCGUGAAAUUCAGGAGAAACUUGAAGCCUUCAUAGAAGCUCUUCACAAGGAGAAGUAGAGCAGCAGAACUACUGGGUGCAAAACGGGAUCACUGAAAAUGCACUGAUUAAAUAAGACUAAUUUGCCAUCUGUAAAAGACUGCCUGACCCCCCCCUCUCCCCCCGCCCAUCUGAGUCUCAUGUUGAUCGUACAGCUUUGCUGCAGUCUUCGGGGGAAAACAUCUGACACAUGUCCUUUUUAAAAAAUAAAUAAAUAAUUAAAUAAAUGGAUAAAUAAUAUGCUGCUCAGCACAAGAAAAGUAAAGCGCAAUAAUGAAGCCUUGCACUUUGUAGUGGUUUCCUCAGUGUUGGAGAAAGAGCACUUGGUCACUUCAGCGUACAGUCUCAUCCCAACUGGCCUCUCUCUAUUGGCUGAAAGUGCUCGGUUCAUUUGCCACACACCCGGGGCAUUUGCUCAGCACACAGAAUUCAACAACUUGCCGCAGCUUUGGGGGAAAGACAGAGGCACAGUUCCUUGGGUUUCGAACCGCUUUCCUCCCCCGCUUCCAAUAAAUAGGAAUGUUGUACAGAGCGAGUCCCCCCCCCCUCUCCAUAGAUUGAAAACCUGCUGCUAUUUAUUAAGCCCUUACACCAUAGCACAUCUGGUCUUGAUUGAA